UUCUAGUUUUGCUCGCAACUAGCGGGUGGGAUUUGUUUUGUCGGAGGGUGCGGCGUCGAGAGACAUGGGACCUAGUUGCAUGUCCCAUAGUAGGCACGCAACUGCAUGUCUUCUAGAUUGGUAGCAACUAGGGGGGCUUUUGUUUUGUCGAAGGGGGCGGCGUCGAGAGACAUGGGGCCUAGUUGCAUGUCCUUUUACAAACAUUCUUUUCACAAGUACACUGUUUUUGCUUGGUCGGAACGGCGACGAGAUGCUCGGUGACGCCCGUGAGGAGAUGCUCGGCGAUCCGGGCGCCCCUCCAGAGUCCUCGUGCCCUGCUGAUGAGGUGAGCUGAGCUACGACCCCUUUUCCCCUAUCGAGGUGAAACCGAGCUGCGGGUGUCAAUUUUUCUGUAGUCUAGGGUUCAUAAUUGUUGAGAAUCACGAUUCCGAGAAGAAAUUGCAAGUCCGGAAGAGGAAUUUUUGGUGUGUUUUCGGGCAGCGGGAUGGGUAACUGGCGUGGUGGUCCGUCAGAUGGUGGGUGCCGGUGGUGCUGCCCGACGAGAAGGGGGAAGGGGCAGCGCGUCCGUCUUCUCCCUCAUUCUCCGGCGCCACCCCAGCCAGCGCCGCGCCCGGUCAGCGGGAUGGGGAACUUGGUAGGACUACGUCCGAAUUUUUCUGUGCUCCAUGAGAGCGUCAGUCUAAUUCUGUUCACUGUCAAUAGACAUUCUGUGGUUGUGAAUUUUAGAAGUAUGCAAGUUCAUUGUUAGUAGAUAUGUCUUAAUUUCUUAAGCAACAUGCUUGUAAGUGGUCAGCCUUGCUGUAAUACUCCCGUGCAAGUGAUCUGCAACUGUUAGUUAUUUAAACACUGUAGUUGAUGGAUUUUAGUUACCUUCUGUGUCUUCUCGAGGUAGGAAGAUUUUGCUGCUGAUCGUCACAACUAAAUACAGCAUCUCUUAAUCAUAUCAACAUCAAUUUUUCCACAUAUAUUUUUCCCAAAGCUGUCCCGCUUUUUGGCUUCCUGUCUCCAACUCAUGAAAUGUUGCAUUUGUAGUGCCUAUUUUUGGUUUUGUUUGUCUGAACUACCAAAAAUAGACAAUUGAUGUUUUACAUUUUCCAUAAGGAAAUCUGGGAGUGUUUCCUUUUACUAGUUACAAGGAGAAAUAUGUGAACGGAUUAACCAUCCUCACUAGUUACAAGUAUUUUUUUCUGCUUUUUUAUUGGGGCGAAUCACGAAUCUGAGGGGAGCAAAUUAGUGCUUUUGUUUUAGCUCGACCUCGUAUUUUUUUCGAAGGUAACUAUUUUUGAAUUCUGCUGUGAUGUACUCGUACUUAGUUGUUACUGAUGUCUGCUCAGUUGCCUGCUUGCACCGAGCAUUGCCAAUGCUUGUUUGGAUUUUUCUGAGGCAUUCGGCAUACUGAGAUAAUUGAUUUUUUGGGGCCAGUGUGGUGUUAUACAUCAGGCUGCGCCAGUGUGGGGUUAUACAUAGUACUAUUUUAAUCUAAAAAUGUCUUUGUACUGAAGAGAUAGUAUGUCAUAGUUGAUUUGCUGGCCGUUUCUAGCCAGACUCCGUUCUAUCACUCAAGUCGAGGGUGAGACAUGCUUUUUCAUUUUCUCUCGCUGGUUUCUGAAGAUACGUUACAUGUCUUCUAAUCAAAUUUUUGUAUUAUCCCUGGAGGCUUUUGGUGAUUUUGUUAUCUUCAGAGACUAGUGCAGGAAGGGAAACAACAUCAUUCACAAGUGUUUUUUAAUCCCACUGUAGUUGAUAGUUUUUACCCUUUUUUCUAGUCAACUACCUUCUGUCUCUCUGGAGAUAGGAGAUUGCCGCUAUUCAUCACGGCUAAUUAGGGCAUCUCAUAAUAUUGCCAACAUCGAAACUAUCAUCAUCCCAAAGCUGCCGGCUAAGAUGAAGCAAGCCCAAAGCAAAGCACGUUUGGGAUUUGUUAAUGUACUCGUAACUAGUAAAAGAAACACUCCCAGAUUCUUUUUAUAUGGAUUUUUUUGUCUUGGGCCUCCUGCAUCUCACUAAGCAGCAUCUUAUCUCAAGCCCGCCCUACUAACUGAAAUGAUCUCAAUCUUUGUGUUUGAUUUCCCCUUAUCUGAAUUUAGAUUCAAGAUCGACACAACACUCUCUGAUGCAUAACUUUAUUGAAUGAUUUUUGUGCAGUUUUUCUUUUUUUCUUAGCUCACUGCCACAGUAAAAUUUGAGAGGGUAUCCAGUGGUAUUUUUGUCUUCCUUUUUUGUUUCUGUGUUAAUCCACUUUUGCGAUAUAUAUUUAGAUAGAUUAGUGCCUCUUUUUUUAUCAGUAGUGUGAUGGAUGCCUGCAUGUAGAUUGAACGCGGGAUUGAAACUAAAACCGAGUCCUCCUUGAAAGAAGGGUUAGGUCAACAGCUUAAAACUACAGGAUCAUAUGAAGGAGUCUAAAGACUUAACAAGAGAUUGCUUAAACAAUGUGCCGCACACAGGUACAAUUUUUGAAGUUGAAGGAGGGAAACCUGGGAGUGAUAGAAAUGAAGAAGGCAGAGAUAAGUGUGUUGAAGAUACUGAUUUAGAAGAGAGAGGCUAUGAUGUCGAGAUCACUGACACUGAAUCAUCAGAGGGUUUGCUGUAUGAAGAAGUUCUGACUUCGCUGAGUAAGAGUGCUCAAAGGAAAGAACGACGGGAAGCUCUUUUGGAACGAAAAAAGAAGCAGAGAGCAAGGAUUGACCCAACCACAACAAAGGCCACCGUUGAUGAGAUUGCAACUAAAGCUUACAGCCGGUGCAGCAUGCCAUACUUCUCUGAGAUUGUCAAUCUCAUGUGCAAGAGCCACCACAGGGUCCAGCUUGUUAGGAACCGUUGUUUUGGCUAUCUGCUGGAGCUGGUCGGCCGUCUUGUACCCAGGGGGUUUGUGUAACACCCCGGAUAUAACUUUUCCAAUUUGUACU